CGCGCUCAAAUAUUGUCUUUAAAUAAAUAUUUUUUCGUGCAGUUUCGACACAAAAUUUGUGUUAGACAUGUCUGGACCUAUACAGGACGUUAUAGAAGAAGAUGCUGCAGAUUUGCAGUUCCCUAAAGAAUUCGAAAAUGCAGAGACACUUCUCAUAUCGGAAGUAGAUAUGCUGCUAGAACACAGAAAGGCUCAAAAUGAGUCGGCCGAAGAGGAGCAGGAAUUCUCAGAAGUCUUCAUGAAGACGCUUACAUAUACCAACAUGUUUAAAAAGUUUAAGAAUAAGGAAACUAUAGCAGCAGUUAGAAACCUCCUACAGUCAAAGAAACUGCAUAAAUUCGAAGUGGCAAGUUUAGCAAAUUUAUGUCCAGAAACACCUGAAGAAGCGAAAGCUCUAAUUCCAUCUUUAGAAGGCCGAUUUGAAGAUGAAGAAUUAAGAAUACUUUUAGAUGAUAUACAAACAAAACGUAGUUUGCAGUAUUGAAGUAAUUUUUAGGAAAAUUUUGAUUGCUAUUUUUAUAAAAGAGGAUGUAUGUGUAAAUAGUUUCUUUUGAUUAAAGCAAAAAUUUGUAUUUUCAUGUCAUUAAACAUAAAAGCUGUAAUUGGAAAGUUUGCCUCAUAA